GCUAUUGACGCUAGCAACGGUGAGCAUUGGCUUUCCGUUGUUCAAUCAAUAUAUGUAUACAUUUUGUUUUACAAAGUUCCUGAAUGAGUGAUUUAGAAUCCUUUGAUGAAGAUAGCUUAAUUGAGAAUAAAAUUGAUCAUGAAACUAGAUAUGGAGAAAAAACACAGAACAAAAAUGUCAACUGUAUAAUGAAUAAUGAUAUCGUCAACAAUAAUCAUGAUAUCAAUGGCGACAAUAUAAUUUACUACAAUCAUGUUGAAAAUGAAGCAGUUGAUGUACCGAUAAAAGAAUGUAAAUCGUCUGAUUUAAACCCAUCAGUUAUUCAUAAUUAUGAAAAAUUUGAAGAAUCUUUAACAUCUGAGUCAGUUCCACCAUUAAAUUUGCUCUCUGAAGAGAGCAGUAUUAUUGAAGCUACUGAAUCAUGUAAAAAAGCAUUUAAUAUUGACUUGAGAGCUGAAAGUAUGACAUCUAAUUCAUCAGAAAAUUCUCUUGAAGAGUCACGAGGUGAAAUUAUUCCAACUCAAUGGAAUCAAUGUAGUCAAAAGUUAAAGAAAUUACAGUUGGAUAAAAUUAAUCCUAAUAGAUCUACCAAGAGUACUAUGUGUGGAUCGAAUAAUAACUAUCAGUAUGGUGAACCCAUCAUCCUUGGUGAAGAUAUUAUUGGCCAUGAACUAGUUGUUAAAAAUAAGCUGAAAACCAAACUGAAUUUUAUUGCUUCCAACAAAAUGAACAUUCAUCAAGGAGGUGUUAAAAGUUGUCCCGUAACAUACGGUCAACUUCAUAAGGUGAAAUCACAAUAUAAUUCUGGAUCAGCAAAAUGUUUAACAAAUAAUCAAUUUCUACUUAGUCCAAAUUUGAAAAUUACCAAACGUCAUAGAGAAUAUUUUCAGUCGGAUCCUGUUUUAUGCUCUAAUAGACAAUUAAUAAAUAAUAAAGAAAACUAUAUAAAUGAGUCACAAUGGAAUGGGAAUAAUCUGUCACAAUUAACAUCAUCACCAUCAAUAUUAUCAUCACCAACAUCUUAUAAACAAAUAACACCUAAAAUAAAUCAACCACUUUUUACUUCAGCAUCUGGUGUAUUUCGAAUGGGUAUAUUGCAGCAGGCAGAACUAGCUAAAGCUCAUAAGCAAUUUUGUCACAAGUAUUAUUCAUCACCUCCCAUAAAACUGGAAACCAAAACACGUUUGCACACAUUAUGUUCACCAAACGUAAAUAUUCACAAAACCGCGCAACCAUGUUUCAAUAACGAUAACAGUAAUUCACUUACUUCAGGAAACUCUAGCCAGCGGAAACCUUUAAUGCUAUCACAACAACGAUAUACACUCAAAGACUAUAGUUUAUUGCCAUCAAUCAACUCAAAAUCACGUGGAUUAGGUCCUGAUAUAGAUAAUGAAGAGUAUCGUCAGAAGCUUGCUCGAAAACUCCGACAAAAUGUUUAUGCAGAGCACAUAAGAAAGUGUAAAGAAAAAUCUAAUGCUAGAGUUUUACACUCAGAAAACAAUAUUAUUGGUUGUACUGAUUCUCAUAAUGAAACUUCGAAUUCCUCACCUGGUGACAAACAUUACAGUAAUAAAGAAAAUGAAGAAAAGUUUGAACCAGAUGCUAACAAAUGUUCAAAUCCAAAUCUAACCCAAGCUACACAAAACAAAUCUGAAAAUCUAAGUGAUGAUAAGUCGAAAGAUAAACACAAUACUUUGCUUUGUUCACCGCACCAAAUAUCUUUAUCAAGUCAUCAAACUUUUAAAAAUGGUACAAAUCUGGAAUCUAAAACUGGGACUGCGAGAAAUCCACCAGAAAUAUCAAAAGAGGAGAUGAAUAAGCAAAAGGCAGCAGAAAAACGUUUAGCUAUGUUAAAUUAUGCAAAACAUGUUACUCAAGUUUAUUCAAACCAUCGUCGAAUUCACACAAAUAAACAGAAACAGGAAAAUGAUAGGAAUUUGAAAAAGUCUAAUGAUUACAAAUUAUGGUCUAAAUCUGAUGCAGAACUAUUAGAAAUGUUACGUAGACAUGAUGAAGAUAGGAAGCGUUUUGAAGAGAUUCAAAAGACUUUAAGAGUCAAGAUAUGAAUUUUUUUAUAGAUUUUGUAAUUUUAUUCUUUUCUUUCUUCUUCGAAAUAAUUUGUCUUUCAUAUUUUAGAAAUUAUGUAUGAAUUCUAAUUUAUAAUUUCCUAUUUGUUUAGGUUAGUGAAUUGAUUUUUCUGUAAGAAAAAUAAACAAUAUUACGUAAUUCAA